UGGAAGAUGUCGUACGCCUGGCAACCCCCUGUCACAAUCACCUUGGUAUCUGAAGGCGGUGGCAGAAUCCACAUGCUAAAUGUUGACCUGAGUGGAUAACAUCCCAAUGAGCUAGCAUAGCUUCCCAAUUCAUGAAUUCCAAAUAAAACAACCUACCGUUAUGCUUCUGGACAAUACGCGCCUUAUAAGGUGAAGGCAGCUUUUGCCUUGUUUAAGAGAUGGUAUAGCAGACACCAGUAUCCGGCCCAUGAUCAUGAGAAGACUCGAGAGAGGCCUUCCAGGAGACGAUAAAGAUGGCGGGAGGCUUGACAGCUGUGUCGUUGACCCCAAUUCUAGCAUUUAACUGGGUGUUCUUGGUCGAGCUAAUCGUUUGUGGAAUACUCACAUUAUUCUUCCUCUUCUAUUUCAACAGACUCUUCGCUACAAUUGUAUCGUACGGACUCCGGGCGUGGUCAUGGCACAAAUAUCGAGUGUAUGUGGACAUACAGGCGCUACAGAUUUCGUUGCUGGGUGGCCGCAUUUUCUUCAAGGGACUUCGGUACCAUGGAAACAACGAGACGAUUCUCAUACACAGUGGAUUUAUUACUUGGGCAUAUUGGCGCCGCAAUGUGAGAGAGCUGGAUCUCUGUCACGGAAGGGGCCUUCACAACGUAUGGAGCGGAUCUUCUGCCAAAAAUGACGAAAAUCAUGAGGACCAAUCUGCGACAGAGAGCGGUAGGAAGGCCGGCACGUCGGCGUUGCCUUGCCGCCUUAAUGUUGAAAUCAAAGGGCUGGAAUGGUUCAUCUAUAAUCGGAGUGCGGCAUAUGACUCCAUAGUUGCUGGGCUCGCAAAGUCAGACGAGACCAAGCAAGAGAGCACCUUGGUAGAUGAUCCGACAGAGAAGGAGCAAGAUAGGGGGUCGAAGAAACGUGGAUUUCCCAAACCUAGCGUCCUCGCGAACAUGUUGAGUAAACAUUCGUUGGAGACUGACGACAGUUCAGGCCUCCCGCCCUUAACGGAGAAACAUACGAAUAGAGAGUCUUCAAGAAGCCCGGACAGUCUGCACUCUGACGAUAGCAGUGCAUACCAUGACGAGGACAACCAGGAAAUCGAAAAGAGUUUUAUACUCAAUCUUCUUCCCCUGCACAUCGAUUGCGUCAAAGCAGCUGUAGUUAUGGGGAAUGACAACACAAAGAGUGUGUUUAUCACGAAAGCUGAUAAAUUUUCUGCUAACAUCAAUGCUACUGCUUGCCGCGGACCAGAUUUAUACAAGCAAGUUUUCGACCUACAGCUUGACCAUCCUAUGAUUCAGUUAAAGCCCAAUGAGGACUAUAACGAGGACCAAACUGCAACGGCGAAUCGAGCUAAAGACGAUAUCAAGGAGCGCACUGAUGCUGUUGAUGGCGUCCUCCACCCGUCUCGCUUCUUUCACCAGUAUCGGCGAAAUGCAUGGCACAAACUCCAGAGCAUUGUACCGUACUUUAGUAGCUCUGUGGAAACAUUCUCGAGUUCAACUGCCGAGCCUGUGCUCUCAGAUUCAAACACACAGGGGAAUCUACAUCAAUGGCAAGGUCUUUCGCGCUACCUUAAUGAUGAAGAAGACGGUAAAGCGAAAUGGUCGUCUUUCGAAUACGCCACUGUAACGACCAUUCUCGACAGCCCUGAAGCCAGCGUAAGCUAUUAUUGGGAUAUACCUGGAAAAGUUCCUGUGGAAAUGGGUUCUUCCAAGCCACAGCCGUGGCAGACUAAUGAUAUCAAUGGAGACCUACCACCCGAAUGGGGCAUAGACGUCAUCAUUAAGGGGGCAUUGGUAAAUUAUGGACCAUGGGCGGAUCGACAACGGGCAGACUUACAAAGGGUAUUCUUCCCCAGCCUGUGCAAAGAUGCAACCCCGGCAGAUAAUUUGAAGCCUGGAGAAACAAGGGUGGCUUCAAACCUCAAAAUCUACAUCCAGUUAGAUGAUGAUACAACUCUCCGUGUUCCUAUUCGCGAGGAGUCGAAGAACUGGAAAUGGAAGUCGCAAGCAGAUACCAUGACAUCCCAAAUGCAAGAGCAGAAUAGACGCAGCAGCAAGAGCUCGCGGAAACAGAAAGCGAAAGGGGGUACUGCAGGCCCAGGGAUACGCCCAUUUGGCUGGCUAGACCUGAAGAUCUGCAAGAAUGCCACCAUUCAUUAUAACAUGGACAUGGUAGCUGGAGUUUCCGGGUUCUCGAAUACCUUGGAUGUGGAGUUUCCAAACUUAGAGAUCACAACGAGUGUCAACCAUGGAAUUCUGUGUCGAUCUCUCAACCAGAGAUUGUCAUGCAAUCUGUCAAACCCCCUUGGCUGGAAUGCCUUUCACACCUGGAAAUUCGAUUUUGUCAGCAACGGGAUGGAAUUAUUCAUUUUGAGAGAACAUAUCUUUUUGUUCAUUGAUCUAAUAGAUGAUUGGACGUCUGGCCCACCACCUGAUUAUCUCACUUUUACGCCCUUUCACUAUCUCCUGAAACUCCAAUUUGGCGACUUCAAGCUUUACCUGAACGUCAAUGACUCAAAUAUAAUCAACAAUCCAUCAGACUUUGACGACAACUCUUUUCUGAUACUAGAUGGGACGGGAUUGGUAGCAAACCUUUGUAUACCACUUGAUAAGUAUCGACCGCAUAGGAAUAAUGUUCCCUUCGAUCUGGUGAUUGAUAGAGCAAAUCUUGUUCUCCAUGUACCACCAUGGAAAACUCAAGCUACCUUCAUGCCCUCGAAUGAACUUGCACAGGUGGAAGGGGUUACAAUCGAGGGGAAAUACCAAUACUGUGAUACUACGUCGCCAAGCAACACGGACACACUGCUGGUGGAUGUUUCUGGCCGCAACCUAGAAGUACAGCUCUACGGAUUCCUCAUACGUUAUUUUAUGAAGAUCAAAGACAACUAUUUUGGGGAAGACAUUCAUUUCAGGACGUUGGAAGAGUACCAGCAAAUUAUAAAUGCUAAAGACCCAGAUACGGAAGCUCUUCUCAACAAACCUCCACCUAAGAAGAGUAAUGAUCUGGAUGUCAUAAUAAGCAUUGGCUGCAAGACUUCAGGUGCCCUCCUGCCGGCCAACUUGUAUUCAGCAAAGGAUCACGUACGAGUUGAGAUAGCAAGUCUGUCCGCAGAUUUGCGGUUCACAAACUAUUAUAUGGACCUAAAUAUCAGCCUCAGCCCUUUAGUAUUCUCGCUGGGGAUGCAAAAAGGCUUGCCAACCUCGAUGACUUCUAUCACUGGCUCUCAGCUUUUCGUUGACGGGGUGGAGAUAUUUGGAAACCGACUUUUCGGCCUGCCACCCACCGAGCCUACAUAUCUCUGCAAUUGGGAUUUUACAGUUGGGUUGGUACGAGGAGAGAUGACGGCAGAAUUUCUCAUGAAAUUGUCUGCGGCUGUGAAGGCAUUUGCGUUCUCGUUUGAUGACGACGAAAACGCUCUGCCUCAUGUUUCCCCUGAAAUCUUGCAUGACGCGACAUUCCUCAGGGCAUCAGUAGAACAUGUUCAUAUUUGGGCCCAUGUGGAGGAUGCUGCCUUUCUGCUUUCAACCGGGCCUUUGCGCGUCAGCUUCAACGAUCUAGCAGGGCUACUUUAUUCGAAGAAACUAAAGGUUACUAUUCCGGAUCUAGCCCUGGGAUGUGUAGAUGCCGAUUCGGCGUCACGUCAUAGAUCGAGAGCAAGCCAUCCGGUGGAAACUCAUGCAUAUAUCACAACGACAAUUGAGUUUACCAUCGUGAAUAGAAAGGCCGGAUUCAAUGACGACAAGAGAUUACAACAAGCACAUAUUAGGCACGAGGACUCAAGGACACAAAGAACGCAAUUUCUUCUUGUUGAUGGCCCAUUUAGGCCGCCCCCAAUACAAGUCGACGCUCCCGCUAUGUGUUUCCCUCCGGUUCCGCUACCUAUCAAGGACUGCAAUAUUUACCAUUCCGACCGUAGCACCUCGAGCAUCGCAUCAUCACUACACUCAAAGCAAUAUCUUCGUCGCAAAAGCUCUUUUCUGUCCCUAACGAGUUCCGAACGAUCUAGCCAAAAAAGCAUCAUUCGGACUCACAGUAGUCUCUCUGAGCCUAAGGUUCAAUAUAAUUCAUCGGGUUCGCCAUCGAGGAGCCGCCAACUUGGUGACAAUCUCCGCUUAACGCCACUACCACGCGAUGUUUCAGCAGCAUCUACUGGCCGCCAGCCUUCCUUUUACAGCGCAGUUGAUCACAACGAUUUGCGGGCACGCGCUUCAUCCCGCGUUAUUUUUUCGAGCCCGUUCAUGUCACCAUAUUUUCCCCUCGAUGAUGUUGAGCCAGACAUGGGCAAUCUUCCGGAGCUUAACGAACAUGACCUGGACCAAGCUCCACCUCCCAGUGCCGAAAUGAAACCGGCUGAUAAGAUAUUCGAUGACAAUACUGGAUACACGAGUUUCAUUGUUGAGUUCAAGCAGGGUAUCAGAGCUUUCUCGAACCCCCAGGCGAUAGAGGCAGUUACAAGUCUUAUAGAAGUACUGCAGCCUACUUCCGCGGAAGAUAUUAUUGAUUCUGUUCAAGUCGAGUCUAUAACCGAUAUCUUCGCGGCAAAAAAGCAGAUAGUGGUGGCGGGUAAGAAUACGGACGUUAAUAUCGUCCUUCCUAUCAUUCGGCUUCGAUUCGCCAAUACGGUUGUAUCUGAGUCCGGCCAGCGUUCUGAUCAGCCCCUCGACCAGUAUGAUUUCUCCGCUCGAGGCAUGUCAGUGAUAACUCGCCAAAGGUCAGCUGCGAAAGAGAAUGUCGACAGAUCUAAAUCAGACGAAGCGUCCGCAGUUCGUGUGCGUGUGCUUUCGGCGGAGGUCUCCGCCAAGGAAAGGAGCCAUGGCAGGGCUGAUGCCCAAGCAGCAAUUAAUGGCUGCGUCGAAGAUAUCUCAUUCUGGAUGGCAUCUGAUAAAAUUAUGUCGGGACACCUCAAGAUUAAAGCCGUUGAUGUGGAGAUGGCAAGCUCUAAAGUGAAGUACCUGGCGUCGCUACUACAUCGAACUACCCACAUGGCCGCUGAAGCUGGCGAUGGUUUCGCCAGCUUGGCUAGGUGGCAAACCAAUCGAAUAAGGCACACUGUGUUCCUUCUAUCCACCCAGGGUCAGCGAACAGGCGACCCUUUGUUUAUGACAAGGCCAUCGUAUGUAUUACGAUCUGCUGCGGGCCAUCUCAGGACAACCGACUCUUGGAAAUUAAUAACCCGCCUCCGCCAUGUAUAUUCGUCCCUCGGGCACGAUGAGAAACAGAGGAUAGAAAGGCUUCUUUCAGAACGCGACUCGGCCUAUUACUCUGAAAAUAUCCGGGAGCAAGUUCAAGCCGGUUUCGAGAAAUGGCGAAGCUGGGAUCUAGAAAAUCUGACUGAAUGUGUCCUUAUGACGAAGAUAUUUGGAUCGCUCAUAAGAGAUGACACUACGUCCCCUCAAACUCAGAAACCAGCGCAGUUCGGGGCCGCUAUAACUCGAACCAGCUUCGUUUUAGAUCCAGGGCCAAAGCAAAACGAGAUUGUUCUCGCAACUUUGGCUGCAAAUGCCUCUAUAAACCAACCACACGCAGAUGAUGCACCGGAUCAAGCCAACCCUCCACAUGACACCUGCACGAUCGUACAGAUCUAUUGCAUGGAAUCGUCAAUAACUUUAAACUGGGAGCUAUGCGAGCUUAUUGAAGUUACCACCAAAUUGUACAAUGAAACAGAGGCUAGUCCAGCAUCAGGACAACCAGCGCCAGCUGUAAAGCCUCCAACAGCGACCCAAAUAGACAAACCCAGGCAAUCGCUGCAUAUUAUUUUUGCCUCCGAUAAUGGAUCCGUUACGCUUGACACCAUCAACGUUCGAGCGAGGUCGCUUAGUACAGGUCUCAAAGUAUCGUUAAUGAUUGCAGAAGGGCUAUGUGAUGGUAGGAAUAUUGCUACUGCCUUGAUCACUGCCGACGCGGCAACGUCCAAAUUCCGAAGCCAUCACCAAGAUCUCGCUAUCCAUCAAUUUCUCGCUCCGACAAUAAACGUCUCGCGAGAGAGUCGCGUUGUGGGCAAAGUCAAAGAAAACGCUUGGAAGGUUGCCGGUAACUCGCAAGAAUUAUCACUCGUUGUCAAACAAGAUCCCGUUGCUCUCCUACAAGUCGUAGACCGCAUACUAGGAGACGAAGUACGCCAAAUAAGUCAAAUUUUGCGGAGUUUGCCCAAGAAACCGGUACAACGGCCAGUUAAAAGCCCUGUGGCCAGUUCCACUGCUAUUGACAAGAUAAACAUUGCUUUGUUUCUCGAUGAGUACCAUAUUAGCAUCCCUUUACUGAACUCAGUUCGUUAUGAUAUUGCCGGCAUCGUAGCCAGAGCGUCCUUGGCAGCAAGGCAGGGGGAGGAGUUUGUUUUCGACUUUGACAUCAAAGAAAACGAGCACGAUAUCCAGACUGAAACGACGGGAAAGUCUCAAAAAAUCUCAGUGCUAAAGCUCCCUCCAACAAAUGGUCGCGUUAUAGCACAGAUAAAUGAGAAUGAACAUAAAUUCUCGGUGUUUGUUUCGGUCGAGCCUAUAUUCCUCGACGCAGCAAAGAUCCAGAAUGUUGUUGCGGCGCUCAACAGGCCCGAAAUGACUAAUCUGAUGGAUGAAGCCCGUGGAGUCUUUCGAACCCUUAAGAGCCACAUACCAGAGAGCACAAAUCCAGGCAAAGUACCGACUAAGCAAGAAAUCGUGAAAGAUACUCCCAAACCUUUCAUAUACGAUGCCCAUCUGUCAUUGGCAGGCUUGGAGGUGUUUACCGACGCAUCGAACGGCAACAAUAACGAUAGCAAAGCACGCUUAACUUUUAACCUCGGAAUUGUGCAAGUUGAAGCACACAACCGCGUUGCUAUGGCUGGGCCCCCACUAGAAUUUCCCGAGCUUCAGCUAAACCUUCGCAGAGUGGUAGCUAAUCUGACCUCUAUUGCCAAUACAGGCGAAGGAGAGAGCUGCGGAAACUUUGCAUUUGCAGCUAAAUUCACCGCCGGGUCAAAGGAAGCUGAAGACAGGGGCCAGGUCCGCUCGUAUCACUUGACAAGUGAUAGCUUGGAGAUCAACCUAUUUGCCGAUACAGUUUCAACGAUAGUGAAUGUCGUUGGCCAUCUGCAGACUAAAAUCAAAGAGUUGGAACUGCCGCGGGAGGUACAUUACUUUCAGAGAUUUCGCAAUCCCCGGAUUACCGUCGAAGAAGACCUGGGCACCCCUGAGAGUCCAGCAGCAUCAUUGAAUUUGUUUGAUGCCAUGUUUUCGCUGGAGCUAGCCAAUUGGCAGAUUAGCUGGAUUGUUAUUUCGCCAUGUGUAGAUCAGACAGAGGGCAUGGAGAACUUGGUCCUAUCUAUACAGCGGAUCGGCUUAUCAACCAGGAAGAAGAAGUCCGCGCGCCUUAGCAUCGAGAACUUAAUGCUCCAGAUGGUCCCUCCCGAUCAAACCAAGAAUUUACGGUCUCAAAAUUCAGCUCUUUUGCCUGAAGUUGUUUUCAACAUAGGAUUAGUAUCAACAGCAGAUGCGACUCGCCUUGCCUUCCAAGCUGCCGGGAAAUCGUUAGAUCUACGACUCACGUCACAAUUCAUUACCCCUGGAUCGAAUAUUCGGAAAUCUAUCGUGAGCGCGGCGCAAAAGGCUCGCUCGGCGUCGGCAUCCUGGAUGACGAGUCCUGCCUCAGAGAAGCCCAGCGACACGGCGAAAAACAUUUUCUUCGGGAAGAAGAAAAUGGAGUCGUUAUUGGUUGAUGCGGACUUUGCGGGCGCCGUUGUUCAUCUUCAAGGGAUGAAAACGUCGGACAGCGCAAUGUCUUUGCUUCCAGAUAAGCGUAGUAGAGCGCCUCAGGGGGGAAGAUAUGGCCAAUUCGCGCAAGAUGAAGCGACCGGUUCAACUAUGCUACGUUCCCCGGGCCUGGCGAUUAAAGUCGAAUACAAGGACAACGGUCUCGAUGAUCCAUCGCUGAACGCCGAAGUCAAAGUCAAUGCGUCCAAAAACAUAUUGUAUCCGCAGGUGGUCCCGCUCAUAAUGGAAAUUUCAUCAAAUGUCCAAGCCGUUAUGAGCAACAAUAACGAGCCAGAAGGAGAACCUCCCACAUCGCAAAAGAUAAUGAGCGUGGCCGACGAUAAUAUUCUUACAGUAGACCCGAGCGCGGUAUUGGGGCGAACAAGAUUGAACCUCGGAAUACGUAUCUGUGCCCAGGAAUUCGGUCUCAGCUGCCAACCAAUUGCGAGGGUGGCUGCAACAGCAAGGCUAGACGACAUUUACAUCACAAUGAACACAGUACGCUCCGUGGACCACGGCCAUUUCUUCGCCUUGUCUGCCUCCAUAAACAACCUUCAGGCCUCGGUUCAGCAUGUAUAUUCACGAGAGUCUACCGGCAGCUUUGAUGUCGACUCGAUUGUCUUAUCGUUGAUGAAUAGCAAGCAUGUCAGCGGUACUAGCGGGCUCUCGGCCAUACUGAAAGUCAGCCCCAUGAAGGUCCUUGUAAACGCCAAGCAGAUACAAGAUUUUCUCUUGUUCCGUGACAUAUGGAUGCCAACCGACUUGGGAAAUGGGCCUGCACCCCCACCUGUACCUCAACAGGAAAGAACCUCACAAGCCCAGACAUAUCUUGUUCAGCGUUACCAGCAGGUGGCAGCAACAGCGGCGUUUUCCUGGAACGCAACUAUCUCAAUUGAAGAACUCGAUGUCCAAUUGGACCUUGGCCAAGCUAUUGGGAGAUCGACAUUUGUAAUAUCAGAUUUCUGGAUUUCCUCUAGGAAAACUUCCGACUGGGAGCAAAAUCUACGUCUUGGGUUCGAAAAGGUCGGUAUCGACAGUACUGGCAGGAUGAGCGGCUUUACGUCUCUACAGAAUUUCCGAAUCCGGACAUCCAUUCAAUGGCCCGAGCGAGAAAAGGCGUUGAAUCAGACACCGCUAGUCCAGGGAGCUAUAUCUUUCAGUCACUUCCAUCUGAAAGUUGCCUUUGACUAUCAAGCAUUUUUAGUAGCAGACAUCACCUCCAUCCAAUUAAUGCUGCACAAUGUCCGCAACGGGCCCAGCGCGGCCGGUGAUAGACUUGUUUCAAUGCUCGACGGCGAUUCUGUUCAGAUAUUCUGUACCACGACAAGUGCUUCUCAGGCGCUAGCACUUUAUCAAGCACUUGAGAAGUUGAUGCAGGAAAGGAAAUCAAAUUACGAGUCCUCAUUGCAAGAGAUAGAGCGCUUUAUUAGACGGAGGCCAUCAACAUUUCCUGCUCCUGAAAUCGCCGAAGUUACCCCACCUCCACAAGAAGAGCUCGCGAAGGCACCUAUUACGUUGCAUACAGAUGUGGUUGUGACAUUAAAAGAAGUUAACAUGGGUGCUUAUCCGAGCACAUUUUUCGACGCUCAGAUCUUUAAGAUCGAAGCACUCAAUGCAGAGUUCAGGUUUGCAGUUACAGUCCCAGUUGGAAUAGUGCACAGUAGGCUCGGUCUUACCCUAGGUCAGCUCCGUAUCGGACUGGCAGGAGUCAAAUCACCUGGGCAACCCAAGAGCACCGAUGAACUGUCUGUGGAAGAAGUCGUCAGCAGCGCCACCGGCUCUAGAGGCGGCACGAUCCUCAAGGUGCCAAGGGUGGAGGCUACAAUGGAGACAUGGCAAUCGGCAGGCUCGAACCAGAUUGACUACAUCUUUAAAUCAUCAUUCGAGGGCAAGGUCGAGGUUGGCUGGAACUAUUCUCGAAUCAGUUACAUCCGCGGCAUGUAUGGCAAUCAUGCGAAAUCACUCGCCCAGCGUCUUGGCAAGCCUCUGCCGCCAUCAGCAGUCAAGAUUACUGGAGUGCCGGAGGCUGACGAGGGCGGCGAAGAGCGUGCAACAGGCGAACAACAGAAGAUCACGGCUGAGGUCACAGUGCCACAGUCAAAGUAUGAGUAUGUCGCCCUUGAACCUCCAAUCAUUGAAACGCCACAGUUGAGAGAGAUGGGUGAGGCCACCCCGCCAUUGGAGUGGAUUGGGCUACAGAGGGACCGGCUGCCGAAUCUGACACAUCAGAUUCUGAUUGUGACAUUGCUGGAGCUGGCCGGUGAGGUGGAGGAUGCGUAUUUGAAGAUACUGGGGUCCUCGUAAGGCGUAUAGUAUGAUUGUGCAUAGCCCGUUUCGGGUUAUCAUGUAUGGUAUGAAGUUGCGUUGCGUUUUUAGGAGUCUUAGCGGGGGCGUUGGGAGGUAUGAAGCACUUUUCAUCACUGCUGGCUCAGGACGAGCCUCAUAAUACUGAAUAUAAUUAUAUGUCCAACCUACAACAAUAGAAUGCCAGCUGCUGAUUAUCGAGGCGGUGAUUGGUUGUGGUGGCGAUGCCGUGUUCUUGUCCAAGCUCGGUACUGUAGGGAGUAGAGUGAGCUUACCUUACCAUAACUAGCUCCGCCCCUCGCAGCUUGGCCGAUGAUUCCUUCGCUGUAGAGCCUUUCGCUCAUAUGAUGGCAGGAGGGGGCGGGGUCCAAGAUACAAUUCUUCAGCGUGUAGAUGGUAUUUUUGGUAUUUUAUAUCAGCUUUAUAUCCAAAAAUCACCUGUGUCUUGACAAUUUCCACGCCGCGGCGUCAUCGGGUGCUGUAUGAUGCUAUGGAAACAGUACUUAGUGACUUCCGCACCUCUUUCCGUCGACUCACAUUGGGAUAAGACAUUUGCGGGCGAUAGUAGUCCAUUUCCGGUUAGACUCCACAAACAACCCUCUGCCCCACUAACCAAAGAUAUCUUCACCUUCUCCCACCCUACCAUUUGAAAAGACCU